AUGGUCAUUCCAAUUAUAUUUUCAAAUAAUAGAUAUUUUACAGGCCCAAACACAAUAAUUGAUUGGACGAAUGAUGAAGUAAAUUUCUCCACAUCAACUCCUCAAUAUAGGCAGCCUAGCUCUUUAAAAAACAUGGCUGUAAAGUCUUAUUCAUCAAAGUCAGUUUAUAUCACAGAUUCUGCCUCUGAACAAUAUGAUGAUAGAGGUAGAAGCUAG